AUUGAGCUGUGUCAUCAGUUCCCUCAUGGUAUCACAGACCAGGUGAUUCAAAAUGAUAUGCCUCACAUGGAAGCCCAGCAGCGAGCCAUGGCGAUCAACAGGUUGCUCUCAAUGGGGCAACUGGACCUUCUCAGGAGCAAUGCAGGUCUCCUGUAUAGAAUCAAAGAGUCUCAAAAUGCAAGUAAAAUGAAAGGCUCUGACAAUCAAGAGAAGCUGGUUUACCAAAUUAUAGAAGAUGCAGGCAACAAAGGUAUUUGGAGCAGGGACAUUAGAUACAAAAGUAAUUUGCCUUUAACGGAGAUCAACAAGAUACUGAAAAACUUGGAAAGCAAGAAACUAAUUAAAGCAGUUAAAUCUGUGGCAGCAUCCAAGAAGAAGGUGUAUAUGCUCUAUAACUUGCAGCCUGACAGGUCAGUGACUGGUGGGGCUUGGUACAGUGACCAAGACUUUGAGUCUGAAUUUGUGGAGGUGUUAAAUCAACAGUGUUUUAAAUUUCUACAGAGUAAGGCAGAAGCAGCUCGAGACAGCAAACAGAAUCCCAUGAUACAAAGGAACAGCUCAUUUGCCUCAUCCCAUGAGGUGUGGAAAUACAUCUGUGAACUGGGUAUCAGUAAGGUAGAGUUGUCAAUGGAAGACAUUGAAACCAUUUUAAAUACGCUAAUAUAUGAUGGAAAAGUGGAGAUGACUAUUAUUGCCGCAAAGGAAGGGACGGUAGGCAGUGUGGAUGGACAGAUGAAGUUGUACAGAGCUGUUAGUCCUCUCAUACAACCCACUGGAUUAGUCAGGACGCCCUGUGGACUCUGCCCUAUUUUUGAUGAUUGCCAUGAAGGUGGUGAGAUUUCUCCAUCAAACUGUAUUUAUAUGACAGAGUGGCUGGAGUUUUAAAGUGAAAGAAAACUGUAAACUGGAUUCAUGCUUCACAGCCAAGGUGACAAAGCAGCUUGCUUUUUUUAAAAGUGGACUUCAAAUUUGUGAGUAACUUCAGGACAUGAAGUGACUUUGUUUUUAAUGAAAUGUAAAGCAGCAGUGCCAUUUGUGUGAGCAGUCCUGUGAGAGGACUGGAAAUUGAAUCAGCACUGAAGAUCAAGGCUGAAGUGGAAAUGUAGAUCCAUUCUUGUACCAAAAAUUGGUUGUGUGACUUGAAAACUGCCACAGAACAACUGAGUGGUGAUGCAUCGUUUCCAAGGAUUGUGUCGAGUACUCCACAGACCUUUAUUCUGAAUGAGAGAAAAUAAGUCAUUAGCUGAUCAGAAAAACUUGCUAACAAAUGUUGCCAAGAAUGAGAU